AUGUCUCCAGAAGUUGUAUCGCCAGCACAUCCAGACCGUCCCAUCAGACCUCUGCCCAAAAGACGUCUUCGUGAACGUCUCUCUCCCAAUGUCGCCGAAUCAAUCAAAUAUCCACCCGCACCCAAAAUUCAAACCCCAUUGUUCUAUUAUCCAUAUACUGUACGAGAUGAUGUUGGAGCAAGUACUCUGGUAGAGUCUUCACGUCCAAGUGAACGACCCCAGGUAGAUAAUGUCGACCAAAAUUAUAUUCCGCGGCGGAAUGGAGAAGAUCCAGGAAGUGAGGAGGAGGAGGUUUACCGUAACGCGCGACUCUACCCAAGACAAUCAGUUGACAAUUCUGGUCGUUCCUACCGCUAUGUUCAAAAGUCCGAUUCAAAACAUCCAAAUCCCCACCCGCCUGGCUCAACUGCUUCAUCUGCGGAUGGAUAUGACUCAUUUGAAAACACAAAUAACAAAAAGAAACGCAAGAUUCCCACACCGGGAGACUCUAACGUCAAUGGAGCUCUUCUCUCAAAUGAUUUGGCAGGCAUGGGAAUAUCUGGUCCAGAAGAAGAAGAUGUGAAUAGUGCAGGGUACUACCAUGCCAGUGGCUCAGUAUCUCAAGGAUUGUCGGGUCCUGGAAGAGGCAGAUAUGGCCGAAAUCGCAAUGGCAGAAGUCCAUUACGGACGCUGUCUGAAGUUUCGGGUAACUGGGGCAAUGGUCGCAAUUCCAAACAACGACCACCCCAGUGGCCAAUAACUCCCGAGACCCCAGGUAUCAUCACAACUGCGAUUGCAAACGCCGAGAAAGAAACUCCAAUGACUCCCUCUAAAGGACAAGAGAAUAUCAGUUUAUUGCAACAGCAGGCAUUAAAAAAACCACCCCCCACUUCUACUCAAUUUACUUUUACUUGUGAUUCUCAAGUACCAACAGCACUGCCUUGGCCUGUGUCAGAUAACACAAGUAUGCAUCAAAGUCCAGCUGCAAGGUCGGUGAUGGCGCAUGGAACGCAAACAAGCCCAAACAUGCAAGCCAAAUCACAACAAUCAGCGCAUACACAAAAGCAAAAUGUGCCUCAAACAGCACCACCAAAGAGAACUCGACGUCGAGCAAGCAAAGAGUACCAAAUUGCUGCUCGCCAACGUCGCCAACAACAAGAAUACCAAAACAUGACUCAUCCUCCUAAUCUUGAGGAUAUUUGGAUUUGCGAAUUUUGUGAAUACGAGAGCAUCUUUGGUGGCCCUCCCUCAGCUUUGAUCAGGCAGUAUGAAAUAAAGGAUAGGCGUAUCAGGAAGCAGGAGGCGGAGAGGAAAAGAUUACUCGAGAAGGCAAAGACGAAAGGGCGCAAGGGGAAAAAAGGUAGCAAAACUACUGCAAAAGGACCUCCACAGGAUCGCCAAUCUCAACCUCAAAACUCUCAGCAGGGUACUCCAGUCGACCAGAACCAUGGUCAGGAAACUCAAAGUGAAGAUUAUCCAGAUGAUGAGUACGACCAAGAAUAUGCUCAAAAUCAUCCCAUCUCUCCCGGAGCUUCUUCAUCUUUCCGUCCAAGUGAAGUCUUACAAGCUAACCAAGGCAAGCGUCUCGAUAGAAAUACUAGAAGAAGUAGCGACGGGAGAAUUGUGACUUGA